AUGGAGAGAUCGAAGAUACUGGGACUUCCACUCUUGAUGCUUUUUCUUCUUCUAGGUCUCUGCAACAUUUCUAUGUCUGUAGUAGAUAAGAAGAUCAAACAGCAGCAGAAACUGGAGAAGAAAACCUACAUCGUGCACAUGGCCAAGUCCGAAAUGCCGGCGACCUUUGACGAGCACGCACACUGGUACGCUUCGUCUCUGAAAUCGGUGUCUGACUCAGCUGAAAUGCUCUAUACAUACAACAACGCCAUCCACGGCUUCUCCACUCGACUCACCGACCAAGAGGCCAAAUCACUCGAGGGCUUACCUGGGAUUCUUGCCAUCAUGCCUCAAAUGAGAUACGAGCUUCACACUACUCGUACUCCUCUGUUUCUGGGGCUUGACAAGAACGAUGGGUUCAUGCCCCAAUCUGACUCGACUAGCGAAAUGGUAGUUGGAGUUCUUGACACUGGUGCGUGGCCCGAAAGCCAGAGCUUCGAUGACAAGGGACUUGGACCCGUGCCCAGUAGUUGGAAAGGCCAAUGUGAGUUAGGUAAGAAUUUUAACGCUUCAAGCUGUAACCGGAAAUUGAUCGGCGCGAGAUUUUUUUCCAAAGGUUACGAAGCUACGCUGGGUCCCAUAGAUGAAACUAAAGAAUCGAAAUCGCCGAGGGAUGAUGACGGACACGGCACCCACACAUCGACUACGGCGGCCGGAUCUGUCGUGGAAGGCGCUAGCCUCUUCGGUUACGCCUCUGGUGCGGCACGUGGCAUGGCGGCACGUGCUAGAGUUGCUACCUACAAGGUUUGCUGGCUUGGUGGUUGCUUCAGUGCUGACAUUCUGGCCGGCAUGGAUAAAGCCAUUGAAGACGGCGUUAACGUCAUCUCCAUGUCACUGGGCGGUGGGAUGUCCGAUUAUUAUAGAGACAGUCUUGCCAUCGGAGCUUUUACGGCAAUGGAGCGAGGCAUUCUCGUGUCUUGCUCCGCUGGAAAUGCUGGUCCCUCUACGUUCAGCUUGUCCAACGUAGCGCCAUGGAUUACCACCGUUGGUGCAGGGACCUUGGACCGUGACUUUCCUGCGUACGUUAGUCUGGGCAACGGAAAGAACUUUUCCGGUGUAUCUCUCUACAGUGGGAAACCGUUGACUGAUUCUUUACUACCGUUUAUCUACGCCGGCAAUGCUACCAACUCUACGAACGGGAAUCUAUGCAUAACAGGUACAUUGAUACCGUCAAAAGUCGCCGGAAAGAUUGUGUUGUGCGAUCGGGGGGUCAAUGCCAGGGUUCAGAAAGGAACCGUUGUCAAAGAAGCUGGUGGCGUAGGGAUGAUUCUGGCGAACACUGAGGCCAACGGAGAAGAGUUGGUGGCCGACGCCCAUCUUUUGCCUGCCACGGGUGUAACUGAGAAGACCGGUAAUAUCAUAAAGAGCUACCUCUCAUCAGAUGCCAAUCCGACGGCCACGAUCACUUUCGGAGGCACGAAGGUGGGGAUUCAACCCUCACCGGUGGUGGCAGCGUUCAGUUCGCGUGGGCCGAACUCGAUCACGCCGGAUAUACUCAAGCCGGACAUAAUCGCACCAGGUGUCAACAUUCUAGCAGGUUGGACCGGUGCCGCGGGACCCACAGGGCUCUCUGUCGACACGAGACGCGUAGGAUUUAACAUCGUAUCCGGUACGUCGAUGUCGUGCCCACACGUGAGCGGCCUCGCUGCAAGGCUCAAAGCGGCGCACCCUGAUUGGAGCCCUGGAGCCGUCCGAUCGGCUCUCAUGACUACAGCUUAUGCCACCUACAAGACUGGCGAAACGUUACAAGACAUCGCAACCGGUAAAGCAUCGACGCCGUUCGAUUACGGAUCUGGACACGUGGAUCCUGUUUCAGCCCUUGAUCCCGGCCUCGUCUACGACCUUGCCGUCGAAGAUUACGUAGGCUUUCUAUGCGCUUUAAACUAUAGCCAAGUGCAGAUCACCCUCGUGGCGAGAAGGAACUUCACGUGCGAUACGAACAAGAAGUACAGCGUCAGUGAUCUUAAUUACCCUUCUUUCGCUGUACCCUUCGGGACAGCAAUUGAAGGUGGUGCCAGUGCCAGUGCCAGUGCGACGAGCAUCGUCAAGCAUACACGAACGCUGACGAAUGUGGGUAGCUCUGCAACGUAUAAGGUGUCUGUGUCUUCAGAGACGGAGUCGGUGAAGAUAACUGUUCAGCCUGAAUCUUUGACUUUUAGUGCACCAAACGAGAAGAAGACAUACACGGUGACGUUCACUGGGCUUUCGAUGCCUUCGGGGACAACCAGCUUCGCUCGUCUGGAAUGGUCGGACGGAAAGCACAUUGUGGGUAGUCCGAUCGCAUUUACAUGGACGUGAUCGUUGUCGAGUUUAGGGAGGAGAGUGUUGAAAUACGUACUUCAUUAA